GUUUCACCACAACUUUGAAAUUCACUUUCAACAAGUGGACGAGAGAGGGAAGAUCGGUGUUCUUCCGAUUAGUCGUGCUUUUUGGUCGUAUUGAUAAUCGCUUGAGUAAUAUCGAAGACCAAGGACGAUGUAUGUGUGUUUUAAUCUGUUUAUGUUAAGUAGCUAUGUUUUUUAAUGGCAAUCUGUACCUACAUUGCUCUUUAUCCGUAAACUAAAGGAAAGUAAAGCAAAGUUAGUUUGGAGUGUGUCUGCUACACGGCUGAGGAAGGCUGUCAAGCGGCGCGGGGCAAUAACCAUGCCCGAGCUUUCCAAGAUGAGGAAGCCCGAUGUCAAGGUUGUCAUUCUGGGUGACAUGAACGUUGGGAAGACCUCACUGCUCCACAGGUACAUGGAUAGGAAGUUUAAAGACACCAUGAGCACCGUCGGAGGGGCGUUUUUCCUCAAACAGUGGGGACCUUACAAUAUCUCAAUUUGGGACACUGCUGGUCGGGAGCAGUUCCACGGGCUGGGCUCCAUGUACUGCCGGGGCGCUGCUGCUGCCAUCCUCACCUACGAUGUGACCAACUGGCAGAGCCUGGCUGAGCUGGAGGAGCGCUUCCUGUCCCUCACCGACACGGCCAAUAACGACUGCAUCUACGCCAUCGUGGGCAACAAGGCUGACCUCACAGACCCCCAGGCCCAGCUGCUAGCCAACCAGGAUGGCCUGACAGCGGACCAAAGAGUGGGGGACUGGGAGAGGACUGGGGAGCCCAGGGUGCCUUCUGCUUGUCCCACCCCUCCAGCCUCCCCCAUCUCCCUGUCAGGGGUGUCAGUCAACAAGCAGGUGAGCCGGGAGGACGCAGAGGCGUUGUAUGGGAGGAUCCUUAGAUACAAGGGUCUGGAAGAGACGAACAGCCUGCCUGCGGACAAGAUGUGCUUUGAGACUAGUGCCAAGACAGGCUACAACGUAGACGCUCUGUUUGAGACGCUGUUCGACAUGGUGCUUCCCUCCGUCCUCAAGAAGAGGACUGAGAGAGAGGGAUCGUCCACCGUGGACCUGGAAGAGUGCAAAGGGACAGGAAAACGGGCUAGGGCCGCCUGCUGCUAGGGAUUAGGGGUAGGUGGGGAGGGAUGGAUAAACUGUUUGGGGGUUUUAGACUGACCGUAAAGAGAGGAGUUCAUGUCAUCUCUGUAUUGGUCUCCCAGGACAUUCUGAGAAUUUUCAGCGGUGACUGUUUGAUAUACACACACCUGCACACACAUUCUUUCAAUCAAGCUGUCAAUCAAAUUAAUAAUUAAAACAAGUCAUUUAAUUAUUAUUUCAAUGAGCCGGAAAGUACUAUAUUGGAGAGCUGGAGUAAGGCGUUCUUGGAUUUUAAACAUCUUCGAGAGGUUCUGUAUGGACUUGAGUUCAGGCCAGAAUUUCUGUAUGUGUAGAGCAGAUUAGCGUUUUAUGUAAUUAAUCUUCUCGGCAGAGUGGUCACUAGCUGGCGCAGCCACAAAGUCAUAAAAUCAGAUUUUUAAACUUAACCACACUGCUAAACAUAACCUUAAAUUAAGAGCAAAAAGCUAUUUUUUUGUUUUCAUGAAUUUUUAUGAUAUUGCCCAUUUUGACUUUGCAGGUGGCCAAUCUAUUGGCUCUAGGGCAAGAUGCAUGACAUGUCAACCUGGAUAUGGGAAAUAGACUACUGGUUCACCUGUUUAUAAAUCAAUCAUUUAAUUCUUGUUCAUGUUUUGGAAUGAGAAUGUCACUGACUUUGUUUCCAUCCACAGUUUUUAUGCGAGUAAAGUCAUUCUGUAUCCCCAAAACAAUCACGACAACUGUGAGGGAAACAGGACGUUUCGGUACAGUUUUAUAAAUGCCAACAGAUUUGUUCGUUUGACAUGGUGGCAUCUUUCUGUCGGCGAAAUUAAUUGUGCGAGAAAUGGAGUUGGAAAUGCCUUUAUGCGCAGAUAUUGUUACAAUAACCAGCAUAUCGAAGUAAACUUGGAGUCACGCGAUAUGAUGUGUGUGGUCCCCCAAUACGACUCGGGAUAAGAUAAGUUAUGACGAACUUUACAGGGUGGUGAAAGUGCAUGGUGAUGAGAGAGCUGGUCCUUUUCAAUAAAUAUCAAGUGACGUGUGACGUGAUUAUCGAUGCUUGACUGCCGUUUGACCAAUAAAAAUAUCCAUAAUCU